UAUUCCUUCGAGAACAUUCGUUCGGUCUAGUCGCCGCCUCUCGCCCCCUCCCCUCCACGCUCCAGCGCCCUCGAGUCCCAAACCGCACCUCGCCGGCGCCAUGGCCACCUCCGCCCCCGCCGCCGCCUCGUCCCCGCCCGCGCCGCAGCCGCAGCCGGAGCCCGCGCAGAAGGCGGUCCGCGUAGUCGUGAAGGGCCGCGUCACGGGGGUGGGGUUCCGCGACUGGACCGCCUCCACGGCCGAGUCCCUGGGCCUCGCCGGCUGGGUCCGCAACCGCCGCGACGGCAGCGUGGAGGCGCUCCUCUCCGGCGACCCCGCGAGGAUCGAGGACAUGAUAACCCGCCGCCUCCCCGUGGGGCCCCCCGCCGCCACCGUCACCGCCGUCGUCCCGUCCCCCGCCGAGCCCGUCGAUCCGUCCGCUGGGUUCGAGAUCAAGUUCACCGUGUGAUCCGCCCGUCCAGCGCCCGGUUCGCGUUCUUGGAUCACUAUGCACUCCUACUAAAGAUCGGAGGCGCCACCUAGUAGAGUAUUACGUAUAGCUGCUUUGCAACUGCAAAAUCUCUGCUUGGGGAGUUCAUGUCAAAUUGUUUGUGCGAAACUGCAAACUUGUUUCCUACUUCUAGGUGGCUUCUAGUUCUUGAAUAAUGAAGCAUACCAUUGACUUCUAAUAAACUGUCAGCUGUGCCA